AUGCUGACUCCAAUCAGCCAGACGUCGACUUUUUCAGCCGCGUCGGCCCUCACAAGCGUAGGUCCGUCGUCAUACAGGGACCGAACAGCAGAGCUCUUCGCUAUCGCAGAAGGCCUUCAAAAAGCACCGCCACUGCCAGGAGCCGCGAAUGGCGAUGUUACCAGUGGUUUCGCCCGAUCAUCGGAUAAGAGCCUCGCGACUGUUCCCGUCGGCGGGUCCCCAGGCGGAAUCGCCGGUGCAGGCGGCCCGGGAGCCAGCUCUGCGGGGUCUGCCGUUCAAUCAGAGUUUAACCGGAGAGCGUCGCGAAUCGGGUUGUGUAUUCACCAGACGACGCAGAAGCUUCAGAAGCUGGCCAAACUGGCCAAGAGAACGUCGAUGUUCGAUGAUCCAACGGCGGAGAUUCAAGAUCUAACGGCGGUGAUCAAACAGGACAUCACGGCGUUGAAUGCGUCGAUCUCAGACCUUCAAGCGCUCUGCGAGGCACAGGCAGAGGCAAGCGGCGGAAAGAAGGGGCAAAACCGGCACACGAGUGAGCACAGCAACACGGUCGUGGAUAAUCUCAAAAGCCGCCUCAUGAACACCACCAAGGAGUUUAAAGACGUCCUUACAAUGCGAACCGAGAACCUCAAGGUCCACGAAAACAGGCGCCAGCUCUUCUCCGCGACGUCGGGGAUCGCGGGUGCGUCAGGCGCGCGGCAGCGGCCAGCAGCCGCCGCGCUCUCCGCCGCCCCGCCCCCCUGGGCCGCAGCAUCUGGCGCGUCCUCGGCCACGUCUGCGUCACAACUAUUCAGCAAUACUCCCAGCGGCACGAGGAGGAGCCAUCCGUUUGACCCACUGCAGCAGCAGGGGCAGCAGCAGGCGCUGCUAGCGCAGCAGGACUCAUACAUGAGCAGCCGCUCAGAGGCGCUGCAGAACGUGGAAACCACCAUCGUGGAGCUCAGCACCAUCUUCCGAGACCUCGCCACCAUGGUGGCGCAGCAAGGGGAAAUGGCCAUUCGCAUCGAUCAAGACAUGGACGAUACUUUGUCAAACGUGGAGGGAGCACAAGGCGCCUUGCUCAAGUAUCUUAACAAUAUCUCGUCCAACCGAUGGCUCAUAAUCAAGAUCUUCUUUGUGCUUAUUAUCUUCCUGCUCAUCUUUGUUUGCUUUGGCAAAGUAGGUCUGUGCGUUGCCAUCCCCACCAUCCCUCGGCCGACCGUGGAGCCGAACGUGUCCAGCUGGCAGCUCCUCACCCGGCUUUUGCGGGAUCUGGACGGCGAGCGGGCCUCGGGAGAGGGUGUAUUAGACCACGCAAUGAAGGUGGUAGUGUAUAGCGCGUCGUGUAUGUAUAGGUUCCAACCAGGGGCGGCAGAUGUGGGGAACGUGGUGGGGGACGGGACACGUGUCACUGAGCUCAAUCGGGCGGUCGAGGAGCAGUACACGCAGGCGGUUAGGGUUUCGAGGGAGCUGUCUGUCCCCGUCUAUGUGGUCCCCGCUAAUGUAGAAGUUUGUGCGUUUAUAUAUAACAAGACGCGUAUGGAGGAGGUUGUGCCGAGCGAGCUACAGUACAAGGAUUGGAGUCGGUGGAUGUGGAUGGCGAAGGAGAGCAUCGAUUUCGUGUACGCCGUGCGGCAGUGUAUGGUUACCAACCCGCGUUACAUCUUGUUCCUGGAGGACGACACGAAACCCAUCCAUCGUUACGACUCGGCAAUUGAGCGUUUCAUCUCCGAAGACCUUGCAAACAAGUCCUGGGCCGUGCUAUCCCUGUACCUCCCACGAUCAUACCAUUGGCCCGUACAACACGCAGACGAAUACUCAAUCCCCUGCUGCACCCAAGCGCUGCUGUUCAACGUUACCGCGUUACCACCACUGCUGGAUUUCGUGGAAGGGAAUUUCAUGCGAGCCCCGAUCGACCUGCUGCUGCGCGACUACUUGAAAGAGAAGGGCCUGCACGCGUAUGUGCAUGUGCCGUCGCUGUUCCAGCACAUGGGCGUGUACAGUACCAAGGACGGCAGCAGUAAGGCGUUUCACUUUGACUUUCUGUUUGGGAAGAACGCGUCUGCGUUGACUGCUAUGGGCGGCGCUGUGGAAGGGCAUGCGCUGUGGUGCGGUGCUGCUGAGCCGUCAGCAAGCAUGCGAUGGGAUGUGCUUGUGGCUUUUUGCAAGAAUGGGGCCUGCAGAGGAGGAGACGAGGUGAUCAAGCCACGUGUUUGCUCUCAUGGCUGUCGUUCUUGCUACAGCGACCUUUUCAAGAUUCCAGCCUCUUGCUUGUGA